AUGGAUGCCGACACAGGAAAAGAAGUAAAGAUGGACUACAGGUUCUCACACAUAAAGAAGGUGCUCGUUGCCAACCGAGGAGAAAUUGCAGUUCGCUGCAUCCGAGCUUGUAAGAAAGUCGGAGUCAAAAGCGUUUCAACUUAUACUGAAUCUGAUUCCACCUCAUUACACGCUUCACUCGCAGAUGAAAACAUUCUUCUGCCCGGAGAAAAUGCGAAUGGUUAUUUAGACGCAGAUGAAAUUUUGAAGACUUGCAAACGUCUGAAUGUUGAUGCAAUCAUUCCCGGCUACGGUUUCCUCAGCGAAGAUGCACCUUUUGCCCAGAAAGUCGUGGAUGCGGGUAUGGUGUUUGUUGGGCCGAGUCCGGAGUCCAUGACAGAGAUGGGACAGAAGCAUCGUGCGAGAGACCUGGCUGUUGCUGCUGAUGUCCCCGUGGUGCCGGGCACUGAGUUACUGGAGUCAGAGACGGCGGCUCUAGAGGCUGCGAAGAAGCUCGGGUUUCCGAUCAUGCUGAAAGCAACUGGAGGCGGUGGUGGAAUGGGGCUACAGGUGUGCCACAAUGAGGAAGAAAUCUCUGCUGCAUUCAAGAAAGUGAAGAGCAGGGGAGAGACCUUGUUCAACAAUUCAGGGGUAUUCCUCGAGAAGUAUUAUCCUGAGAGUCGUCAUAUUGAGGUUCAAAUCUUUGGCAAUGGCACCGACGUUGUUCAUUUCGGCGAACGAGAAUGCAGCAUUCAAAGACGGCAUCAGAAAGUCAUAGAAGAGUGUCCCAGUUCCUUCGUCCAGAGGCGACCAUCCAUGCGCGAAAAAUUGGCCAAAUGUGCUACCGCUUAUGCUUUGCAACUGAAGUAUAAGUCAGCUGGCACGAUCGAGUUUCUCGUCGAUGACAAUACCGGGGAUUUCUUCUUCCUGGAGAUGAACACUAGGCUCCAAGUCGAGCAUGGAAUUACUGAGCUUUGUUACGGCAUUGAUUUGGUAGCGCUCAUGCUGCAGCAAGCGGACUGCGAGAAAGGAGGGAGGACGGGUCUUUCAUCCGAAUACUUGCACUCGCUGCAGAAAGAUGGUCCAGACGGAGCAGCAAUCGAAGUUCGAGUGCAUGCUGAGGUACCUUUCAGAAAUUACGCACCGAGCCCUGGACUUUUGCAGUAUGUUGAGUGGCCGGCAGGAGAUGGGAUUCGGGUGGACACAUGGGUGAAGACGGGCCAACGGAUUGCUCCUUUCUAUGACCCCUUAAUUGCCAAAGUCAUGGUUCGUGCUAGCGAUCGCGAUGGGGCGAGCAAGAAGAUGACUAGAGUCUUGUCUGAAGCCAAACUUCAAGGCCCCCCAACAAAUCUCCACUUUCUGCGAGAUGUUGUCGCAUCAAAUUCCUUCCUCGAGGGAGAUACGUUGACGAACUUUCUUGAGACAAAAUUCAAGUACGAACCUUGUGCGAUAGAUGUUCUCUCCCCCGGAUCAUUCACAACCAUUCAAGACUUCCCCGCCAGAGCCACGAGCGGCCACGGAAUUCCGAAGGGUGGGCCAAUGGACAAUGUUUCUUCCAGAAUUGCAAACAUCCUGGUGGACAAUCACCCAGGCACAGAGACACUUGAAAUUACCCUGUCAGGUCCCGAACUUCUCUUCACAGCGCCAGCAGUUUUCUCGGUGACCGGAUCGCCAGUUCCAGUGACUGUUGAUGGCGAGGCACAGCCAAUGUGGUCCAGAGUGAUCAUCCAAGCUGGACAGAAGCUGAAGGUAGGGAAAGUUGAGAAUGGCGGCUGUAGAUGCUAUCUCGCUGUCAAGGGAGGGUUUCCUGAAAUCCCUCCGUACCUUGGAUCUAAAGCCGGUACUCCUAGCCUGGCAUUUGGAGGAACACAAGGACGUCAACUCCAAAUGGGCGACUGGAUCGAGCUCGACCCCUCGACGAAACAAUGGGCUCAAACAUCAAUGCCAUACACCCUUCCCAAAUCUUGCGUCCCAAACUACGAUAUCACAGAAAUAUACUGCAUGCACGGUCCCCACGACUCCGACGACUUCAUGACCACCAAAGACCGCCUAAUGCUUUACAAUACAGCCUGGAAAAUCGGCCACAACUCAAACCGCACCGGGAUCCGCCUCGUUGGUCCGGUUCCAGAGUGGAGUCGAAAAGAUGGCGGAGAAGGAGGCUCGCAUCCUUCUAAUGUCUUCGAUUAUGGAUAUCCGUCGCCGGGAGGGAUUAAUUGGGGUGGUGACUCAGCUGCGAUUUUCUCGAUGGAUAGCCCUGAUCUUGGUGGACUCUUAUGCUCGAGCACCAUCGUUUCAGCUGAUUUGUGGAGAUUGGGUCAGGUAAAGCCUGGUGGAUAUUUGAGAUUGAGGCCGACUACUUUUGAGCAUGCACGUGAGCUUGCCGGUCGUGUUGAGACAUUCAUUGAGGGUAUUCAUGGCCUGGUGGAUGGCAAGUCAGAAGCAGUACCUAGCCUGAAUCUUGAUCUUCCUCCUUCAGGCUUAGAGCACGGGACAUCAAAUGCGAUUAUCAAGAGGAUUCCUGGGGAAGGCGAACGAUUCCAGGUGGUAUACAGACAGGCUGGCGACUCCUUUUUUCUCGUUGAAAUUGGGAAGCAAACUUGUGAUGUCAGAGUCACCUCUCGAAUACGACUCUUGGUUCAAAAACUGGAAGCCUUGAAGCUGAAUUUAGUUAUGAAUCCAAACAUCGGGUCGGUCAUGAUCCAAUUUGACGCGAACGCUAUUUCUCAGAACAAACUCCUCAAAACCGUCAUGGAUCUGGAAGCCUCUAUCGAAUACUCAACGGACAUAAAAAUCCCCUGUCGAGAGAUAUAUCUUCCUGUCGUCUUUGACCAUCCAGAUAUCCGUGCAAGCGAGCAAAGGUACAUGGAGACGAAUAGACCAACAGCUGCAUACCUACCUGACAAUGUAGAAUAUCUCCGAACAAACAAUGGAUACUCCACUCGCCAGGAGGUUUUCCAGACCCUACUCAAAUCCCCGUACCUCAUCGUGGCCGUCGGCUUCUUUGUUGGGACCCCAAUUCUCUUCCCCUUAGAACCGAUGAGCGGUAUCGUAGGCCAGAAAUACAACCCCACACGAGUCUCAACACCUGGCGGGACAAUCGGUAUGGGCGGGUCCCUCUUCGCCAUCUACCCUCUCGAAGCGCCAGGCGGAUAUAUGCUCUUCGCCCGAACCAUGGAGUGCUGGGACACCUUUGGAAAUGGCCCUAGCUUCACGCCCACUCGGCCCUGGCUCUUCGAGCCAUUCGACAUCGUGCAUUACCACGAAGUCAGCGUCGCCGAAUACGACAAGUUAAUGCUUUCUUACAAGCGCGGAGAAUACAAGUUCGAUAUCCGGGAAGGGGUCUUCAGUCUCCAUGAUGUGUAUGAGAUUUUUGAGAAAUCGAAGACAGACCCCAAAGUUAUGGCGUUCAGAGAAGGGCAGAGGCAAGGAGUCGAGCAAAAUCUUACCCUAGAGAAGAAGCUAUAUGGAGAGUGGGUUGCUGAGCAAGAAGCUGAGAAGAAGAGGGAUGCGGAGAGGGUGAAGGAGAUGAUGGAGGCGGAGCCGUCAAUUACAAUUGACAGCCCAAUCGAUGCGAAUGUGUGGAAGGUGUUGGUUGAGGUGGGUGAUGUGUUGAAGGAGGGACAAAUAGUGGCAAUACUGGAGGCAAUGAAGAUGGAGAUCAAUGUUUUGUGUACAGAAGAAGCGGGAGGCACAGUGGUCGAGGCGAUUGCGAGUAAACCCGGAACUGUAGUAAGUCCAGGAGCCUGGAUUAUAGUUGCGAAGAUAGAUGAGAAGUAGCUGCUUGUGGAUUCUUUCCAACGAAGUCUUCCGAGUUCGAACCCCC